UGAGCCAAUGAAAAUGGAGGACGCGCCUGAAUUAUUUUGUUGUGGGAGGCUGAAAAUAAGAUGCUAAGCAACACUUGUUGAGUAAAGAUACAGGUAAAGUGUAAGAGAAGAAGUUAAGAGUGAAGAAACAUUACCGUGGAAGUAUGAAUCCUGAAGGCACUCUGGAGUUAACAGAGGCAGAUCAUGAUCUGGGAAGACCCAUGAUCAUACAGAGAGAGGACAUGUCUCAGACUGUAGUGACGGAAGACCAGUGUCCUCAAGAUGGCGUUUUACAGCAACAUACCACUGGUGUAACAGUAGCAGAUAGAACCAGGGAGAUGGUGAUGACUGGUGUGUCUAGCUCAAAUAUGUCCCAGAGCGUUGUCGUGGAUGAGCAGAUCCACUACCCCCAGGAUGGCGUGUUCCAAAAUGAACCUGGAGUCGUCGUGGAAGAGAGAUCCCAUGAGAUGAUGGUACCGAGGGUGUCGCAGGACAUGGUGGUUGACCAGCAGGAAAUAGUCAUCCAGGACGACUCACAACAGGUGGUACUGGUCACUGUGCCGGACACCUCGGGGGGAGACAAUGAUGGUAAUGUGGAGAUCAUAGUUACCACAUGUGCAUUAUCAUCAAUAAAUGAACAUGUGUCACAACAAGUGUCACUGGGUCCUGUCAGUAAAGCAGGUGAACAUUAUGAACAGAUGAACACCAUGUCAAGUUCUGAUAGAAUUCUACCCCAGAGUGUUUGUGACUACAACAAAGCCAUCUUUAACCGGGGCAACCACAGCUCCACUCAUUCUGUGACAGUAGCAACAGACAGUGGAGAUGGGGAGGUACAAGGCCUGGAAACACUGUAUAGUCCAGUUGACAAUAUGUACAACCAACAGCUGUCCAGUGCAGUGGUUCCUGCUUUAGUAAACAGCACAGAUGAUCCCGUGUAUGACUCAGCUGUGUCCUCUGGUAUCAUAUCCUCAGCAUUCCAGUCUGCUCUCAACACUGUGUCCACUACGCCAAUGAUAAGUCUCACUCGCUUCCCAGGGAGCCCAGUCAAACAAACUGACCGGGAAGGAGGAGUGCCGCUGCAAAGUGCCUCCAGCACUGUGGUUGCUGGGCAACAGACAAGUGUAAUCUCCAGCACCAGAGUCCAGCAGUCAUUACUGACAACUACCUCUAUGACACCGCAGGAUCAAGCUUUGUAUGAAAAACAGGAAACUAUGAAGAGUUUAGAGUUAGUUGAUGCUCAGUGGAAAACUUCAGUUAUGGAGAGUCCUUCAAAAUCUGCUGAGACUGAUGCAAUGUUCCUCACUGAAAAUACACCUGGUGAAGGUGCCGUUUUUGGCUACAAGGUAAUUGACAUUAAUGCAGAACAGCCUGAACAUGAUAUGGAACCAGAAGAUCAUCAUGCAAAGAUGGAGGAGGAAGCAACCAGUGACCUUGGCUCCAAGAAGGAUGGUGCUGUUGAAGGUGAUUCAGCUUCAACCAAUGAUGCUAGGACCAACAAGAGAAAGAAUGUUGAAACUGUUGAGUCCGGCGGUGUGGGGACUUGCAAGGUGUCAGAGCCGAACGAGGUGAAGGCACAAGUGAGAGAGUGUGGUGUGUGUCACACAAGUUUCAGUAAUGCAGAGGAGUUUGUGCUGCACAUGAUGCAGCAUUCCUUGUAUGACUCAUUCAUGUGUGACCAUUGUGGCAAGCGGUUUGUUGAUAAAGGUUCGCUGAGUCGGCAUAAGCUGAAACACAGUCGGAAUCUCAGACGGGAGUUCCACUGCAAGGAGUGUCACAAAUCAUUUACUACAAACACUUAUCUUAAAUCCCACAUGCGGACACACACUGGGGAGAAGAUUCACGCCUGUGAUGAGUGUGAUGAGAGAUUCACUUUCUCCAACAUGCUUCGAAGACAUAAGUUCAAAGUUCAUAAGGAUUCCAUCCGAGAGUGUCCCAUCUGUAACAAGGAGUUUGUGAAUGGUAUGUUGCUGGAGAAACACUUAGCUGAUCAUGAAAAGCAACCUCCUGAAAUGGGGGACAAACAGGACAUGCCAUCACUCAAAGAACCAACAAAGCGGAGAAGUAAAAGAAAGAUCAGAAAAACUACAAAAAUGACUGCUGCCAAAAUGAGGGUGAAAAAUACAAAAGCUGGCAGUAAACCUCAAACAAGAGGACAAAAGAAAAAGGAAACUUCUACAACAUCUCCAGUAGUGUCAAAUGUUCCAAAACCACAGCAAUUUUCCUGUAUGAUCUGCCAGGAGAAAUUCUCAUCAAAACUUCUUUUGAAAAAACAUGCAAGGACUCAUUUAGGUCAGAGAAUUUUGAGGUGUGAUAAGUGUGGGAAGGUGUUCCAAGACUCCAUCAAGCUGAAGAUGCACAAGUUGUCGCGCACCGGGCAGACCUUCAUGUGCGACUUCUGUGGGAAGAGCUUCAGCUAUGCCUCCACUCUCAACAUGCACAAGAAGCGACAUGCGCAGGAGAAGGGCGUUCAGUGUAAUGUAUGUGGUAAGAGAUUUGCUACAGCGGAUAUUCUUAAAACACACAAGACAACUCACACAACCAUGAAGGCAUAUGUCUGUGAUGUGUGCGAAAAAGCAUUCACCAGUCAAUAUUACUUGAAAGCUCACAAGCGCAUUCAUACAGGGGAGAAGCACUAUGGCUGUCUACAUUGUGGGGAGUCUUUUAUGUUCUCAACUGGACUCAGACGCCAUGUUAUCAAGGAGCAUGGUGGGAUCACAUCAAAGAAGACACCAGAGGCUGAGAAGAAAGAGAACUCCCCAUCUCCUGAGGAUGAUGUAAGUGGAGGUGGGGAUGAUGACAUUGACGAUAUCCCAGAUCUAUCUUCACACAAUAUUCAAGACAUGAUGAUUGGAAAGGAUGGAGAAAUAUUGUCAACCUGUAAAAUUAAGGUGGAGAAAGGCAUGCUUAUGGCCUCUACGAAGGACCAACAUGGGAUGUUGGAAUGCGGGUGGUGUGGGAAGAAGUUCCAGUCGACCCCCUGCCCUCAACACUCACAUGAAGGAGCAUGUAGAAUUUCCACACACCUGUCACAAGUGCAACAAAACCUUUUCCCGAGAACUGUAUCUCCAGAAACACCUUCAGCGCCACAAUGAUGACCGACCCCAUCACUGUGAGGAAUGUGGGAAGAGUUUCCGCAGCGCCAGCUAUCUGGCCCAGCACCAGCAGAUCCACACCGGCGAGAAGAGCUACCAGUGUCAGCUCUGUGGGCA